CAACACUCAACACUUACUAACUCGAUUUCAACGUUUUACGCACGAGGGAAAUUAAUCAUUAAUACGCGUGAAUGUUAGUUAAACAAGCGGCCGCUUGGGGCGUUAAGUCUCGUUGGUUUUGACAAACGACUACGUCGCAUCAAACCGUUCCCGCCGCGUGGACCAUAGUUUGUGGACUACGGUUGCGGUUUGGUUAUAAAUCCCCGCGAUCUCCGCAACACGAGUGACGAAUUUCGGUGGCGUUGUAAUUAUGUUGAGUUGAUUUCACAGAACCACGAGGAUAAGAACAAGAAAUUAUGGCAAACGUAUCCGUUGAUAAGGAAAUAUUUUUCCGGCGUAUGAAGCGGCUUUAUACCGCGUGGAAGGAUGGGGAAGUUGGUACAGAUGAUAGUUUUAGUAAAAUGGAUUGCCUUGUCUCUGCAGUGGGUACCGAUGAGGAUAUCGUGUACAGCAAAUCGACAGCAUUGCAAACGUGGCUCCUUAGUUAUGAACUUACAGAUACUAUAAUGAUAUUAGCAGAGGAGUCUAUUUGCUUUUUAGCUAGUAAGAAAAAAAUUGAAUUUUUGAGGAAACUAGAAAAUCAGAAAACAGAAGAAACUGGUGUGCCUUCUGUGAAAUUGUUUGUGAGAGACAGAAACGAUGAAGAUAAAGCAAAUUUUGUCAAACUUAUCGAGAUUAUAAAACAAAGUAAGAAGGGUAAAAUAUUGGGUGUUUUUUCCAAAGAAAAUUAUCCAGGUGCCUUUAUGGAUGCAUGGAGAGCUGCAUUGAAGUCAGAAUCUUUUGAUACGAUUGAUGUAAGUGCUGCAGCAGCAUAUGUGAUGUGUCCAAAAGAAGACACUGAAAUUCACACCAUAAAAAAAGCGUGUUUGGUAUCUGUGGAUGUUUUUACCAAGUAUCUUAAGGAUCAAAUUAUGGAAAUUAUAGAUUCUGAUAAGAAAGUUAAACAUUCGAAGCUUGCUGAAGGUGUAGACGCUGCUAUAACGAAUAAGAAGUAUGUAACUAGUGUCGAUGUUACUCAAGUUGAUAUGUGUUAUCCUGCGAUAAUACAAAGUGGUGGGAAUUAUUCCCUAAAGUUUAGUGUCGUUAGCGAUAAAAACACUUUGCAUUUCGGUGUCAUCGUUUGCUCUCUUGGAGCGCGUUACAAGUCUUACUGUUCCAAUAUAGUUCGAACACUGUUAGUAAAUCCUACUAAAUCCAUUGAGGAUAAUUAUAAUUUCCUUUUACAAUUGGAAGAAGAGAUUCUGAAGAAGUUAAUGGCUGGAGUGAAGAUAAGCGAAGUUUACGAAACAGGGGUGAAGUACGUAAAAGAUGAGAAACCAGAAAUGAUUGAUCAUCUAACCAAACAUUUUGGAUUUGCAAUGGGUAUCGAAUUUAGAGAAAGUUCGUUACUUAUUGGUCCAAAAACUCAUGCAACAUUAAAGAAAGGCAUGGUGUUCAACGUAAAUGUUGGACUGGCUAAUCUUACGAAUUCAGAAGCUAUUGAUAAGGAAGGAAAGAUCUAUGCACUUUUCAUUGGUGAUACAGUUAUGGUUAAUGAGGGACAACCUGCUACAAAUUUAACACCGUCGAAGAAAAAAGUGAAAAAUAUUGGAAUAUUUGUCAAAGAUGAAGAGGAAGAGGAGGAGGAAGGAAGUGGAAAAGAAAAUGAACCUAAACCUGAGAUUCUUGGUCGUGGGAAGAGAACAGCUGUAAUAGAAUCUAAGUUGAGAACAGAACACAGUUCUGAAGAAAAAAGAAAACAACAUCAAAAAGAAUUAGCACAACAGCUAAAUGAAGUUGCAAAGGCUCGAUUAGCUCAACAAUCUGGUGGGAAGGAACAAGAAAAGAUACGGAAAUCGACAGUAUCGUAUAAAAGUUUGAGUCAUGUGCCACGAGAACCGGAAGUGAAGGAACUGAAGUUAUUUGUUGAUAAAAAAUAUGAAACUGUAAUUUUGCCCAUCUUUGGAAUUCCUGUGCCCUUCCACAUAUCUACAAUCAAAAAUAUUUCUCAAUCAGUAGAAGGAGAUUAUACUUAUCUCCGAAUAAAUUUUUUUCAUCCUGGUGCCACAAUGGGACGGAACGAAGGUGGAUCUUAUCCACAACCCGAUGCUACAUUCGUUAAAGAAGUAACAUAUCGAAGUACAAACACCAAAGAGCCUGGUGAAAUUUCAGCACCAUCUUCUAAUUUAAACACAGCUUUUAGAUUGAUCAAAGAAGUUCAAAAGAAAUUUAAAAAUAGAGAAGCAGAGGAGAGAGAAAAGGAGGAUCUUGUAAAGCAGGACACUUUAAUACUCUCUCAAAAUAAGGGUAAUCCAAAACUGAAAGACUUGUACAUUCGACCAAAUAUCGUUUCGAAAAGAAUGACAGGAGGUUUAGAAGCACAUGUAAAUGGAUUCCGUUAUACUUCAGUUAGAGGGGAUAAAGUUGACAUUCUUUACAAUAAUAUUAAGAAUGCCUUUUUCCAACCCUGUGAUGGUGAAAUGAUCAUAUUGCUCCAUUUUCAUUUAAAGCACGCAAUAAUGUUUGGUAAAAAGAAGCACGUGGAUGUGCAGUUUUACACAGAAGUUGGUGAAAUCACGACAGAUUUAGGAAAACAUCAACACAUGCACGAUCGUGAUGAUCUUGCUGCUGAACAAUCGGAACGAGAACUUAGGCACAAAUUAAAAACUGCUUUUAAAAGUUUUUGCGAAAAAGUCGAAAGCAUGACGAAACAAGAAAUCGAAUUUGACACACCAUUCCGAGAUCUGGGAUUCCCCGGAGCACCAUUCAGGAGUACUGUUCUUUUGCAACCCACUAGUGGUUGUUUAGUAAAUCUCACAGAAUGGCCUCCAUUUGUUAUAACUUUAGAAGAUGUCGAACUUGUUCAUUUUGAAAGAGUACAGUUUCACCUUAAAAAUUUUGAUAUGAUUUUUGUUUUCAAAGACUAUCAUAGAAAAGUUGCUAUGUUGAACGCUAUUCCUAUGAAUAUGCUGGAUCAUGUAAAGGAAUGGCUGAAUUCAUGCGAUAUCAGAUACACAGAAGGUGUACAAUCUUUGAACUGGACAAAGAUUAUGAAAACUAUCACAGAUGAUCCUGUAGGAUUCUUUGAUAGCGGUGGUUGGAGUUUCUUAGAUCCAGAAAGUGAUGCAGAAAACGAUGAAGUAGAAGACGAAGAAGAAGAAGAAGACGACGCUUAUGAAAAGAGGAAUUGGGUAGUUCUGAGGAAUCUGGUAAAGACUGGUCUGACUUGGAACGAGAAGCAGCUGAGGAAGAUAAAGAAAGAGGAGAGGAUAGAUUUCAUGAUGAUUAUAAUUCAAGUAAAAAGAAGAAAGGAAGUCGAAAACAUUCACCUUCACCAUCAAAAGACAGUCCCAAGAAGAGCGACAAACACGAUAAGCAUGACAAACACAAGUCAUCUAACCAUUCUUCGUCUAGUAGUAAGAAACGAUCUCGCGAAGACAGUGAAGAGCGAAACGAUAGGGGAUCGAAGAAAUCUAAGUAUAUAUAAAUAUUUUAUAAUUUAUACUCCAAUUUAUAUUUAAUAUUCUUUUUUUAAAUUACCAACAUACAUUACAGGAAAUAAGGAACGUAUUAUUUACGUAUUGGAGGAAGCACAUAUGAAAACACGAACACCGAAUAUUGAUUCUAUAUUAAACUUUGUUAUGGUACGUCGAUUAAAUUAGAAGGAUAGUACAUUUUCUUGCAUUGAUUCAUUUAAACUGUUAGCAAACGAUUUGUUAUUGAUAUUAUUUAAAAGUUCGAUAGUGUGCUGAUAAGAAACAAAUCUACAUCUACUUGGUGAUAGUAAUAUAAUAUGUAUAAACUUGUGCGAGUAAUUUAACAUAAAUUUAUGAACGAAUACAUUUUUUUAAUACAUGUACAUAAAAGUCUUUUUUAAGUAAAAACUGUCUAAUUAUAUAAUAUAGCUACUAACACGUAUCGUUUCAUUCCAUUGUUCGUUUGCUAGUAGUAUUCAAAUGUAUUUGUAAUAACUUAUUAAGUUUGUGAACUGAAAAUGCAUUGACGCAUUGAAAUGGCAUUCAUUGUACAGAUAGUAUAUAUAAAAAGAAGAAAGCAAAUGGUCUUGUCUGUUAUGAAUAUUAUUCUUUAUUAAAUAUACAUGAAAAUUAAUUCGUUACAAUAGAAAAACUUACAGGUAUAAUUGUAAUACACUCUCAAUGCAAGACAAUGCACUAGGGUUAACUAUCAUAUAUAAGAAGCAUAAACAUUAAUUUACUAAACAAAGAAAGCUGGAAUGGAUCAAAAUCUUUGAUAAUUUUGUUCAUAUAGUUCUGAAAUUUGUACCUUGGUAAACAAAAUAAAUACUUUUUAAGUUAUUUAUCAUUAAUGUACGAAACAUUAUCACUUAUUGACAGAGUGUCCUUAAAAAUAAAAUUAAAGUAGAAUUGAAAAAUUUUUAAAGACGGCACACUAUCACUUAAUUUUUAUUACUUUCAUUGGAGCUAAAAUUCUUUUGGCUUUGUAGCAGCAUAAAGGUGUGAUUCAAUCAUCCUUCAGAUCUUAUGUAAUUACUUUCCUUUUAACUUCUCCAAAAAAAAAGAAAGGAAUAUCGAAUUCAGGAUUUCAGGUUCGUAUGAAAGCGAAAAUAAAAUGAAAGUAUUUUUAGUAUUUUACUAAAUUUUAUCGUAUUCUCGACUCAUCUUUUUUUUUUCAAUAUCUGAUUUGAUAAUAGACGUGGAGAAACACUUACU